AUGAACGCUCUAGAGAUCGACUGGCCUUCAGCACCCUUUCAGUGCUUCACAGACUACUCUGUCUUGGUGUCCAACUGUAUAGUUUUUCACGCAACAAUUUCCACGUACCACGCUGCGAUUUCUGCUAACCCUACAAUAGCCAUGAGGAAUAUCCUUGAACGAUCAGACAUUGAAGCCAAGUUCCUAGGAAACAAUAUCGUUCGCACUUAA